GACAUGCAGGAAAAUAUGUUUAUGUAGAUAUGUACGAAAAAAUAUGUAUGAAAAUAUAUAAUAUGAACUAAUAUGUAAGAAACCCCUAAAACAUGUAGGAAAACAUAUGGACAACUAUGUUUGAAUUUCUGCGAUCGUGCUUAGAUGGGAUUUCGAAGUUUUAGGACGAUCUGAUUUGGUAUGAAAACGUUAUAAAUACACACGUACAUAUCCACCGUGUGAUAAUUAUGUAGGUAUGUAUGUAAAUAAGUAUUACAUAGAAAUAACAAACAGUUGCAGGCAAAAUGCAUGUAGCAACAGGGUGAAACCAGAAGGAAUAUAUUUAUUUGCCUAAUUGCGUCGUCGCCCGUUAACUAAGGCAUCAAAAGUGCGCCACUAUGUAACGUCGGAACGAAAGGUGUGGACAAGUUAAAGUACCGCGGCUCCCGUAAUCUAUAUUAUAAUUUCGAAAGGUCCGUCCCGUGAAAUUUUCCGUGAUAUUCCUGCAUUCCGAUUGGCUGCCGGCUUUCUGGCUCCACCAAUCAGGAUAGCAAUAAGAUUUCUGAAUUUGGUUAUGAAUAUGUAUGAACAUGGACCCCAACAAUGUUAACAUGCGGCCGUCUUUAUGACGGGCUUAUAGGCUAGUAAUCCAUAUUUUCGUCCUGUCCAAAUGUUGACGUAAGAUUUAUAGGGGUAGUCAGGGUUCUCUAUUAUGUGGAUUAAUCGAUUCCUGAUUAAUCGGGUAAAAAUUCUCCAUUGAUGAUUAGAUUAUUUUUCGCACAAAAAUGAUCGUCUAAAUAAAUAUACGAUUAUUUUGGAUUAUAAUCGCUCUCUUCCAAGACAAAUUUGAAAGAAAAAUAACACCUCCAUGGCUACAACUGACUUUCGUAUUUUCGUUGCAGGAAGAAAAUAUGAAAUCUGAUCGGAGAGAUUUGUGCAGGCAUUGUUAGGUAAACGAACCCUUCAAGGUAAAUUUCCCUACCCUUUUUGAAAAUAUAGAAAGGCUUAAAACGCCGAACCCUCAUUUUUCCAUUGUAACCGUUACUAUUUAUUAUGAAUGUUUAGCGAAGGUUUCUUUUCUGGUUAACGGUAUUUCUGAAUUAUAAAUGUCGUGCUUUAGGGCUGCCUUUCCCAAAAAUGUGGUCAUUUAUAUCUAAUUUGUGUCCGUAGAAAUUUCUCUCUCCAACCAGAGUGCUACGGAUCCCAAGAAUAUUUCAUGACAGGCACACCUACAUACAUAUUCCAUGCAGAUCCACAAUAUUUAUAGACAUUGUAUUAUCUUAAUACACUAAAAAAGGACCGGUAAGUAACGGACCUUCUUUCCCUUAAUCCCUAAAAAAAUAUUCCCUCAGUCCUUCCCUAGCAUUCCGUCACGUACUUGCAUCAUUGCUCCACAGCUACAUUUAUCUAGUUUAUAAAAUGUUUUCUACCCACAAAUUUAUCCUGAUUCUCCUAAUCCUUCCUUAUGGAAUCACCGAAGCCCCCCUGAAAUCAGAGAUUACACCACCGCCCUGUGAUUUUCUUAACUCGGAUAAAACUACUUUCGAAAUCCGCUAUACCAGCCACAUCCUUUCAAACCCUAGACUAUCCUCCAUCAGAUAUUGGACAUGUUCGGCCAACCACUACUGUGGGAACUAUUCAAUUUCCCGAGACUAUUGCCCAGAGUUUUUAAAAGACUAUUACUUCGCGUUCGAACUGCCAAUCAGAUUGGAUUUCAGUGUUCCAUCCUUGAUUCAAGUAAACCAUAGCAUCAUAUUCUCCGACGCAACCAGCCCGGUCGAAGUGAUUACUCGAUUAAGCAAGACGGAGGAAACCAGGGAUCUAUUUGUACAAGAAGCAGAGAGGGAAAAAGGAAACGUAUUUAUACCAGAUUAUCAUUACGUCGAUUUCUCAGUUAACCCUGACCCCACGUCUGAGGUGGUCGUGAGGAUGGUCGAAUUCGAAAAUUCUGACAGCAUGGGACACACGACGAGUUACACGAAAUCAUGUCGACACAAGGGGAUAAUUUGUGGGGAUGAAUUCGAACUGGGUUUGGAACCCUUUGGAAAAUUCAUUGCCAGAUAUUCCCAACUUACUCGAGGAUUGUUUGGAUUCCGGAAGGUUGAAGGAGCAUUUACUCAUCGGCACCAAGUGGGCAGCCCUUGGUCUACUACUGUCCAAACUACUGUCCAAACCAAGGGAACUGAUGGGGUUAGUAGGGAAAGUUUUGAGGAAACGAUUAAAAUAGCUGAGAAACUUAGAAAGAUGGAAGAAUUGAACGGGAACUAUAGAAGAGAAGCAAUGGACGCAUGUCAAUGCACGCAAGGAUUUCCAGAUUAUACAAAGUAUCCUUUAGGGAGGAAGUGUUCAAAAUUGAGUAAAACUUUAAGCCCAAUAAGAUUUAUGACCGGACUGACAGAUUUAUCGGGUUGUUUAUUUCCAAUUGACGAGGGCGUUAAAAACGAAAUAGUAGGGAUUAAACUAGGAUUAAAACCAUAUGUGCAUAAACCUCAUCUUGGGUAACCUCGGACGAAUACUGAAAAAUUGCUCCAUUGUUCUACACAUAGGUUGUCAUACAUAUAUACAUAAUUAUGUACUUAAAUAUCCACCGAUUAAAAUAUGUAUAAUAAUAAUUGAAAUCAUAAAAAUGUCCUGAUUUUGACAAUGAAUCAGGUGCGAAAAUAAGACAAAUUUUUAUUACAUGAUACAUAAAUUCAAAUUAAACAAUCAAGGUUUAAUACACUACUGAUCCCGGUCACUAAUUAACCUCUUUCGGACAAAAUCACGUACCAAUGACGACUGUCCCUUUAGGACCAAAUUCGUCAUAUUAAAUAAUAAUGAAUUUUAAAAAAGUUCAGAUUUCUCAAAAUUUCUCAAAAUACGAGUGUUUCUUUGAUAUUUUGUUAUUUGGAAAACUCGCAUCCACCCUGUGAAUCCACCAGUAAUCAAGGCCCGAGCAAAAGCCCGAAUUAACCCUGGUAACACCCAGCCUUAAACAGUUGUUCGACUCUAUGGCUCUCACCAUGCAGAACGUGAAGAGGCCGAUACAGUCAAACGCCCAUUCCUGUGUUUUCUUCUCGAAGUCACAAGUCGCCAGAAAAACGGAGAAAUAUUUGCCCUCUUCCAAACAAAGCCAGGAGCCAGUAGUGCCAUUGGUUUUGAUCAAGUAUACAUCCUGUGCAAACAGGAACAAUUUGUCGGGACGGCAGAGGUGCACGGAGAGAGUGAUUUUAUGAAAUUUGAGCCUGACAGUGCCGUAGUUUCUGAGAAUUAUCGACGUCUGUAAAAGUUCUACUGUGUGCGAAUGAAGAGUAAAAUCUAUAUUCCCACCUGUGUAUGUACAGGGUGGUUUAAAUGUCACUCUACAAUGGGAAAAUCCUCUAAAUCUCGAUUGGUUCCAAGAUUUGGGAUUUUUAUUGCUUAUUAUCAAACCUAAAUAAACCGUAGUAACGUUAGAAGUAGCUCACCCUGUAAUAAUGAUUUGGAUAUAACUUUGCACCAAAGGUGCAGAAUA